AUGAAGACACAGAUGAUGAUAUAUUUCAACAAACAAGUGGAGAUCAAAGUCCUUUUGAUAGGAACUUACCCACAACUCAUGAAUAUUUAGGUAAAUUGGAGAAUAUAAGUGGUUACACCAUUUUUGACCAUGGCCAGAUCAUUGAACUGGAUGCAAUGUGCACUAAAACCAUGGUAUUUCCUGGCUUCACAUUACCAUUGGUUAUCCAAAACAGUUUCAGCUGGGAGAAACAACUCAAGGACGGCUUCAUAUUUGUACUUACUUGCUACAAUAACAACAAAACCAGCAUUUUCGAGUAUGGGGUUGUCAUGGAAGUGUAUGAAACAAAUGAUAAAAACGCGGAAUCCGUGCAUCUAAAGGCGAAGGGCCGACAGCGAUGUCGAAUCUUACCGCCAAUCGAGGUACCUGUAGCUUCGAUGCAUCGAAUGCGACGUGUCAAGGUGCAGAUCAUCAGCGAUUACAACCUAUAUUCACCGCUCAUCUCAACGCAGCUGAACAAUUUGAAGCGCAGGGCGACGAUCGAAUGGAAACCAGAAAACAGAAAAUUACGCAAGUAUCAUGCAGCGCAAUUCAAUCAGGCCAGCUUCGUGUAUGAUAUGUACGAAGAGGAAUAUUAUAAAGAAAAGAUAUUGGACAUUAUUUACCAAUAUUUUAUUAAAGAUAAUAUACCGCGAGAUCCGUUAACGUUGUCUUAUUGGUUUGCACAAAACUUCCAAUUGACGCAUGAGGAGAGACUGAAUAUUCUCGCAGCUGGAACUACGCUGGAGCGACUCAGGCUCGAGUUGAGCUUUUUGCGUUUGAAACGUAAUAUAUGCUGCAGCAGGUGCGGAUCAUACAUCUCCGAACUGGAUAAAGUCUUUGCGAUGUCGAAGGACGGAGUGCAGAGCAAUUAUUGCAAUCCGUUCGGUAUCGUUUACGAAACUCUAACCGUUACCGAAUGCGAGAACGUGUCUUUGGAAGGAUAUCCAAGCAAGAAGUUCACAUGGUUCCCGGGGUAUUAUUGGACCAUUUUGAAAUGCAAAACGUGCACAGGACAUCUGGGUUGGCGCUUCAAAUCCGAUAAAUUGUCGCCUCCGACUUUCUACGGUUUGGGUAGGAGCUGCGUUGAAAUUAAAAUUAUCGAUGAUAUGUACGUGAAGAAAGUAUUCGACGAGUUGAAAGCUGAGCUAGAAAACCAUAAUUUUAGUUCAUUAUAUAUAGAAACGUGAAUUUUGGCUUUCUUUCAUGUAUAUAAUUAAUUAAUGCAUACUUAUAUAUGUUAUAUAACGAUUGUAUGUAUCUAAACUGUGUGUGUCUAUAAUUAUAUAUUUUUUUUCUGAUGAAAUAAUACUGGUAUCACAUCUACUUAAUAAAUAUUUACUGUAUA